GGUAAUUAUAUAAAUAAUACACACAUGGACUUGAUAUAGAAGGAGCUUCUGCCUCUUUUCCUUCUUUUUUUCUUUUUCCUCAGAAAGCUCAUUCAGCUUUUUUUUACCUCAACAACUCAAUGACAACCACAAACAUAAGUAGACUCCCAGUUGAGCUCCUGGACCAAAUUAUCUUUCAUUUGACUUUGGCCGACUUCUUUGCCUGCAUUCUUGUGUCCAAAGAAUGGAAACAAGUGUUUCGUCGUUAUUAUCGACGCACGGUUGAUCUCACCAAUCGAUCGUCAGUUACCCAAAUGCUACGUGCGUGUUGUCGUUCUGCAAAAGAAGAAGCGCUUGAUCCCUUGGGUCACGUCGUACGCAAUUUAAAAAUCGACGACGGCGCGGCAUGUCUCAAGGACAUUGUCAUACUCAACAAUCUCUGUCCUAACAUUCGAGCGCUGACAUUUCGCUGGGCGUACACUGCUGCACAUAACGAACGAGUCGAUAGCAUGAAGCUUUCUGGUGCGGGUCGUCGGUUUUUUAGUACACCGUUCCCGUUCUUAAAUGUAAUGGCUAGUAUCAAGCAUCUGUCGCUGGAGCCCCGGCGUCAAGCGGCCGUUGCUAGACAUAUUCGUUGCUCAGCACACGACCUUAAAUACUAUCUGGUUGGAGGUGAAAACCUGCGACAAUUGACCCUCAUUGGUGUGCUGCCGCAAUUGUUGGCGGAGCAUCUGGAUACUAUACACACCAGUUGCCCAAACCUAUCCGAACUCCACAUUACCACCAAUUUUACAAUAAGCAACAGCGUCAACAUUCAGCAUCAGCAUUUCACAAGUAAUAAUAAUAAUAAUGAUAUCAUCAGUAACAACAAAAACAAUAACAACAGCGCCGACGUACAGCAGCCUGCAUCUUCCCUAGAAAAACUCUCUAUCCGCUGUUCGCGACGAGAAGCAUCGCCGGAAACAUUUCAUGCCUGGUUCUACUAUUUUGGUUCACGAUAUCCCAACCUCCGACAGAUGUGCCUGGAAUACCAAAGUAUCCCUUCUCGCAUGCAGCAGUCGUUAGACGAAGACGUUCUUCACGGCUACGCCAUGUUUACAGAAGGCUGUACUAAACUCGAAUCAAUCAAGCUUGUCAAUCUGCCUGCACAAAUAAAUCAUUUACCACUUAUUUUCAACAAAAACAUGGCUGCAUCAUCAUUAUCAAACUACAACAGCAACAAUUACAAUGCGACGACGAUAGCACCUCUUAAAUGUGUCAAUUUUAUCAGCGAAGGUUACACCAUCGGCAACAUGGACCCCUCCAGUCUAGCUGACUUGUUUUGUCGACUUCGCAACAUCGAAAAGCUCAAUCUCUGCAUACCGAUUACACUCACUGCAUCGGCCUGCUUACCUGCGCUUAGUAUGCUCCGCAACCUGACCAGCUUGAAGGUCAUGCGCACCGAAAAGUUGGGUAGUUUGGAGCUCGAUGAACCAUUAUCCAAGGUGACCGUCAUGGUGGACGACCUGCUGGCACGUUGUCCCAACCUGAAGCAACUGACUUUAUCCCAAUUUGUGGUCCGAACGCAUCGACGUGCCUACUGCAACUUGGAUUAUACCACAAAAGAGGACGGAGGAGGAGGAGGGAAAAACCGAUUUCCCUUGGAGAUCCUCAGACUUGUCGACUCAAGCUUAUCUGAAAGCUGCAUCAGUUUUUUUGCAUACAAGUGUCCGGCGAUACAACAUCUUGGCUUGUACACAUGUCUGUAUUACGACGAGCUUGGCCACGGGAUAAGCCGUUUCAAGAUUCAUAUGCCGUAUCAUCGGCUCAAGACCUUACAGAUCUUUAAUCCCAAGACUGUCCACGGAGUACCGCUUGAAUGGAAUCGUGAACUGCUAUUCGAUCUAGAUCAUAUCAAAGUCGCUACCGUGCGAUCGCUCGCGGCCGAUCGAUCUACUCAGCAGGGUGCUCCUGACGAGUACUUUACUGUGGACGGGCUCAAUUUCUUUACAAAGUGGUUUCUUACAACCACUAGAUAUCGGUUCAAUGGUUUGAAUUCAGUACGCCAUCACGAAUACAACGUUGAAAACGACGAUCCCUUAUUAACGGCUGAGCAAAUUUUUGACGACAACAUUGUGGGUAUGCCUGCAUCACGAAACGCAUUUUGGAGAAAUAAGUUUAUCCAACUCAGCGAAACGCGUGUUCAUGACCUCUACAAACGGAUCAAGCAUACAAGCGGUUUCCCUCGAUAUCACAUGCACCACAGAAACAACAGUAAUGGUAGUAGCACCGAGGGCAGCAGCAACAGGAGUAAUAGUGAUAGAAGCAGUAGCCCAAAACGACGACGGUUAGUGGAUGAUCCGGAUAUCAUCAUGCUCGAUCCGGUCGUAGAAACAUGUUAUAGCGAGGCACAAGGGAAUGGCUAUAUGAGUAUAUGCUGUAAAUCCAUUCAAAACCUGUCUAUCAAUAAUCUUUUGUUGGUCUCCAAUGAUGUGUAUGUCGACCAGUAGUUGUAAAAAAAAUUGCGAGUGUAUUUAGUAAAAGAAAAAAGCAACUGCUUCUUGCAGUAUGUAUCGCUUGUACUUGUUUACAGACCUUAGAAAAUUGUAAAUUAUAAAUCUACUUGAUUAAACUCCUUGAUCGCAUAUGUCUACUAUAACAAGAA